GGCUCUCGGCUGCACACGCGGCGGGAAGGAGAGGAGCUGCCGGGCCAUGCAGGCGGAGCGCGGUGGAGGCGGCGGCCGGCCCCGGCGGGGAGGCUGCAGGCAGGGCAGGAGGAGGCCCGGCGGCGGGGACAGAGCAGCGGAAGGCGGCGGGGACGGGCCCAGCCGGGGAGGCGGGGGCCGCGGAAGAGGCGGUGUUCAUGGGCACGGAGGAGGCGGGGGCCGAGGCAGGCGAGACCCUCGGGGCAGGGGGGCAGCGUCUCCCCUCCCUGCUCGCUACCACAGGCGGGAUGAUGAUGAUGAUCCUGAAUCACAAGAAGAAAAAAAGGAUGAACUGAGAGGCUAUUCAAAAAGAAAGAUAGUCUCCAACUGGAACCGUUACGAAGGUGAAGGUGCUGAGAAAGAGGCACAAAAUGAAAGUGGAGAAUCUCAGAGGGGAACGGACUUCAGUGUUCUGCUUAGCUCAGCAGGAGAUUCUUUUACACAGUUCCGAUUUGCUGAAGAAAAAGAAUGGGACACAGGAAGCGUAGGCCCUAAACAGCUAUCUGCGCUUUACGUGGAUUGCCAGUCAUUGGUCCAGGCCCUUCAGGAACUUCCUCUGCAUCUCAGGUUGAAUGUGGCUGCUGAAAUGGUGCAGGCAUCAACACCCACAGAACUCCCUCAGAUAAAAUCUAAAAGUAUUGAAGACAGCAAGAGGAGAGUGACUCAGUUACAACAACCUUUGGGUCAAAGUGGAAUAGCAUCAAUCUGUGAUCCUGGUAGUGAUUCCGUUGUCCAUUUGAUGCCUUUAAGUAAAGAUGGACCUGAAACAAAUUCUUCAGAAUCCUUUCAGAGAGGCUGUUCUGUGUCACAGCAAGAGGCAGAUAAUUUGGAUGAAGAAUUAGAUUUACUGCUAAAUUUAGAUGCUCCUGUUCAUGUAGAAAACAACUUUCUGUCAGAAACCUACAACACGACAGCUGAGAGCGAUUUGAAAAUGAAAAAUGUUCCGCUAGAGUUGGAUGUGACUGAAGAAACGAGUUCAGCAUCUGAAGAGCAGAAAACUACAGCUAAAAACGUUACUGAGGAAGAGCUUGAAGAUUGGUUGGACAGUAUGAUCUCCUAAAGAAAAAGAAACCUGCCUGAAGCCCACAUUUCAUUGUCAUGCAAGUAAUUGAAAAAUAAAUGAACAUGGCAGAAGUUAAGUACAAAAUAUCAGUCUACAAGAAUUCACUGAACUAGCUGCUUUAGCUCAAUGAUUUAAUAUACUGCAUGACGCCUACUUUUAUUUCAGCCAGUAUUUGAAAUAAUACAUUUGGAUAAAUUCUAAAUGACUAUUAUUAUCGAAAAGG